AUUUCAAUUUUCAAAUGAAAAAAAUCUAAAAGAUACAUAAACUAUGGACGACUAAUGGAAAUUCAAACAUUUUUGAGGGUUGAAAUCUAAAUUUCCAUUUUCCUCACCAAGGGCGGGAAAACUGGAAAUAGGCAUGGCAACACGCAAAAAUAAAAAGAGGGAAAAUUCGAAAAUACAAAUAGACAGUCCUCAAAACCUGCAAUUUGAAAAAGAAAAGAAAAGAAAAGACUAGCGAUGGAGAACUCAAGUUCCAGCAGCGAGUUGCAGAAGCUCAUAGAAGCCAUAAAAAUUUCAGAGGUGGUAGAAGGCCGGACGGAACUGAUUGCCAAAUUAGCAGAUUUACAUUUAUCUAAGCAAUCUGAUGUGAAAUCUCUUGCUGAAUCCCUACUUACAUUCUGGGAAGAUUAUACUUGCUUGGAUGUGUCGCAGUGUCUAUUGAACAAGACUGUUGUGCAUGUGGCCGCAAAAUAUCUUGAUUCAGAUAUUUCCGGAUGUUUAUUACAGUUUCUUUUACUUGGAUCAAAGGCAAGCAUAUGGUGUGGAAAGCAUCUUAAAAUGACUGUUAUGUCAACUGAGGAAUCUCCAGAAGAAGAACAUUGCAGCCUCUUUUACCAGCUGCUACUGGAUUUUUUGAGCUUCUCUGCUUCUAGCUUUUCAUCUAUGGCCAGAUACUCAGUUGUGACUGAUAAGGAAUCAAUGGAGGUUGUUGAAGAAUUCAUUCUAGAACAGUUGAAUCUGACAAAAGGCACAAUAUCUGAAAUUAAGAGUAUUGACUCGGUUGGUAGUGAGGUUUUAAAGGCUGCGCAGGCAGUCAUUGAUGCUGUCAUAAGACUCUGCAAGGAGUAUUACCAAGUAAUUAAUUGGGAGUUUUCUGGUACAGAACUUGAAAAAAAUGAGAACGUCAUGGAAUGUGAACAGGCAUGCAUUAUGAAUCAUGUCAUGAACAUAACAACAGUUACAGUAGAAAAGCUGUUUGAAUUGGGCAUUCUUGCUGCAAAUGACGGUGGAAGUCUUGUAACCAUUCUUAAUGUGUCAUGGAAAGGUUUGGUCAACUUGCUUCACCUAUCCAAGGGAAAAUUGCCGUUAAAAGUGAAGGUAGCAGACAUUGUUGUGACUUUAAUUUCACUCGUCAAUGGUUCUCUGAAAUGUGCAGCUGAGAGUUGGUUGUAUCCCAAGGAGACCAUUUCCGUCAUUGAAGCUAGAAGGAUAUUUGUUCCAAUAAAGUUUUACCUGAUUAAUGCAGUAAAGAUAUCUUCCCUAUAUCCAUGUCAGGCAUAUACAGUUUAUAGACAUUUGGCACUCUGUGUUUUGAUGAUCUCAACCUUUAAAUUAUCAGUGAGCAAUGAAAAACUUAUGAAAAAUGUCAGUGAAGUUAUGGCUGAACUUUUGGAGAAAACAUCCUUGGAUUUGCUUAGUUCUUUGCUAAAUUCAACUGAUGUGAAGCAGGAACAAAAAUAUGAACUUGUUAAUUGGUUAUUCUUUGAUGAUUGCUGGUCAGAUGCUGUUAAAGAAAAUCAGGUUAGUAAAUGUAGGCUGACUUCAUUGGAUGAGAUCUUUUCAGUGAGUUGUGAAACUCUGCCUAAAUCAAGCGUAUUGGUGCUUGGUCAAGUGGCAACUUUUUCCAGUUUCCUGAGAUACCCCAGUGAUCUUGAGGAUGAUGUAAAACUUAUGAUUGCCAGGAAACUUGAUUGGUUUUUGAACUCAAUAAUUGAUGAAGAGGUUUACUCUUCCAUUCUUGUAUCACAGAUUCCGCUAUUGUAUGUUUCUGGUAAAACUGUGGAGUUAACUUGGGAGCCCAUGUUUUCAGCUCUUUUGCAAGCCUUAAAAACCUUCAUGAUAGUGGUAUCUUCAACUUCAGCUUGGGAGGAGUUUGGAUCUUUCCUGGUUAAGAAUUUCCUGCAUCCUCAUUUCCUUUGCUCAGAAAUCAUAAUGGAAAUUUGGUGCUUUUUGGUUCGGCAUGCUGAGCUAGAGUUGGUGAAUGGCAUCAUUGUUGAGCUAUGUGCACUUAUGAAAUUAGUAUCAUCUCCAGAAUCGGUUUUUGUUCCGGAUUCUAGUCUCCGGAAAAUGGCGAAAUCAGUCUGCCUACUUCUUUCAUUCUGCAGCACAUCAGUGGUGGAAUGUGUUUAUGGUUCUGUGAUUGGUGAUGAUAGAUCUCAGUUAUCAUCAGUUCUAUAUUCAGCCUUGCUUUUGGAAGGCUUUCCACUAAACUUGCUAUCGAAAAACAUGAGAAGUAUUGCUAAAGAGAAAAUCAUUUCUGACUAUUUUGGUUUCAUUGAUAGUUUUGAUGACAAAUUAUUGACUGUCUCCAGUUCUGGAUUUGGGCUUCCUGUUUUUGCAUUAUCUGCUUCAUUGCGGUCACUCCAGGUGACCAUAUCUGACAUGGACAUGAAGACCUUGAAGUUCCUAGUUACUGUUGUUUGUGGUUAUCGGAAUUCUGUGGACAAAUUAAAGAAGAACGUUUGUUGUAAGCUAUUGAGUCAAACUUUAGGGAUAAUCUCCAGUCUGAGACACUUAUAUGAAUCUGCAGAAAUGGAGGAAGUCAUCUUGGAGCUUCACAAUCUGUUUGUCUCGGGGCCAGCGGCUUCCGAUACUCUUUUGAAUCAAUGCAAACCUGGACUGACACUUUUCUUGGCUGGACUUAGUAACACGUUGAUGUCGGAAAGUGAUACUUGUCCUAAAAGCACUGCUGUGUGGGAGUUGUAUCACAUGGUUUUGAGAGAAAGGCACUGGGCAUUUGUUCAUCUAAGCAUUGCAGCGUUUGGAUAUUUCGCUGCUCGUACUAGUUGCAAUCAACUAUGGAGGUUUAUGCCCCAAGAUGCAGCACUUUCAUACGAUCUAGUAUCUGGAACUGAUGCUAGCGAAGAUAGAUUUAUGUCCGAAUUCAAGGCUUUUCUCGAGAAAGAAAGGGCUCUUCCUGCAGUAAUAACCACCAGUAUUGAGCAGCAGCGGCUUCUUCUCGAGGAAGGUUUGGUUCUAAAACAAAUGGUUCGGAAGAUCUUGAAUAUCAAUUCAGAUGCUGCAAGAUGUGAUAAAAUUGAGACUGAUGAUGAAAACCAAUCAAACAAGAGAAGGAAACUUCCUGAUGGAAUUAACAAGGGAGUGGAACUGUUGCAAGAUGGCUUGAAAGUUAUUAAUGACAGUCUUACACAGUGGCAACCUAAUCACACAGACUCUGCUGAACUUCGUGAGAGGUUCAUGACUCACUUUUCAAUGCUUGAAAAUGUGAUUUCUCACUUGCAAGUUCUCAGUGGCAGUGGUUAGCGGUCAUAACGUGAUAUUACAUCUGCUAUUUUCCAGUUUCGGCCUUCUCCGCCGCUUACCAUGAUUAAUCACUGUAACGUUCGCCCAUCACCAUAGCAAACACAACUUAACCGAAAACUGCAACUUAAUCUUUGGUUAAGUCAUGUUUAUGCAAAAGGAUAUGGUUCGGUUUCUUAGGUUUUAUAGGAUAUGUAAGUACAAACUACAAAGCUUGUUCUUUAACCAAAAUCGUAAUCAUGUUAAUAACAAUGGAUUUGUGGUCAAAUUAUAAUAUAUUCCUUCAUGAUAA